GUCUUAGACGUCACUCAAGUAUUUGAGUCAAUGUUUACACUGAUAUCAAGUGAUCACUUGAAGACAUCAAUUAAUUAACUUAAAUAUAUCAUCGCUUCGGUUGACAUACUAUUGUCAUUUGAUUGUAUUUUGACAGACAUUCAGUCAAGAAGUGUAUCCAAACUGAGUGCCACUGGACUGAAGCAAUCAGUGGUUAAUUGUGUGGUAAUGUCCGGCAUCAGUGACCACAAGACGGUCAUCUCAGGCGGGAACAACGAGUAUUGUAAGCUUAAUGUCGGCGGAAGUCUUCACUACACUACAAUCGGGACGCUUACCAAAAAUGACUCAAUGCUUAGGGCUAUGUUUAGUGGAAGAAUGGAAGUACUAACUGAUUCUGAAGGUUGGGUUUUGAUCGACAGAUGUGGUAAACAUUUCGCCACAAUUCUUAACUUCUUGAGAGACGGUUCUGUUCCGUUGCCAGAAUCGCAACGUGAACUCAUGGAACUCAUAUCCGAAGCUAAGUAUUAUUUGAUCCAAGAGUUAAUCGACGCCUGUGAGAGCCAACUGUCACUGUGGAAGGAACCGACCGCUUCCGAACCUAUCUGUAGAGUUCCUCUGAUCACUUCAGCUAAAGAAGAGGCUCAUCUGAUAAGCACAACGAGUAAACCAAUAGUAAAGCUACUGAUCAAUCGCCACAAUAACAAGUAUUCGUAUACGAGUACAUCCGAUGAUAAUCUACUUAAGAAUUUAGAGCUAUUCGAUAAACUGUCGCUUCGGUUCAGUGGUCGCGUCUUAUUCAUCAAAGAUGUCAUUGGAAGCAAUGAAAUCUGUUGUUGGAGUUUCUAUGGUCACGGCAAAAAAGUGGCCGAAGUUUGCUGUACUUCAAUCGUUUACGCGACCGAUAAGAAACACACAAAAGUUGAGUUUCCCGAAGCGCGAAUAUAUGAGGAGACUUUAAAUAUAUUGCUUUACGAGAACCGCACGGGACCUGACAUGGAGUUAAUGCAGGCGACCAGCACUCGGGGCGCCGUUAGUAUGCAGUCGCACACAAGCGAUGAUGAAGAUGAACACAACCGGAAGAGUGGCUCUUCAAGUGGUAAAGAGAAAGACCAUCACAUCGGAAGAAUUCGCAGCACUAAACAAAACAAUUGAAUAAUUUUUUUAUUAAGAAUUUAUUAUUUUAUAUUUAUUAUUAUUAUUUACG